CUGUCGCGAAGCUGUCGUAAAAAGCGGCGGCGCCAUGCGGCGGGGUGCGGUAGCGGUCGCCGUCCUGUGCUUGGGUGCCGCCUGGCUGCUGGGCCGUGGGUUCGAUCCCCGCGCCUGGUUGCAGCCCCGCGGCCGCCUGCUGAGCGCCGCCGAGCUGGGGCGGCACCGCGGGGCGCCGGGGGACCCCGGCCUCUACCUCGCCCUGCUGGGCCGCGUCUUCGAUGUGCAGCCCGGCCGCAGGCACUACGGCCCCGGCGGGGCCUACAGCGGCCUAGCAGGAAGAGAUGCCUCCAGAGCGUUUGCGACUGGCGACUUCACCCCGUCGGGCCUGGUGGAUGACGUGUCCUCGCUGUCACCAGCAGAGAUGCUCACCAUCCAGAGCUGGCUGUCCUUCUACAGCGCCAACUACGCCUGCGUGGGGAAGCUGGUGGGCAGAUUCUAUGACGAAAAUGGGGCACCAACGGAGGCCUUAAGGCAGGCUGAGGCUGCAAUUGAGGAAGGGCUGAAGUUCAAAGCAGAAAGCGAUCAGUGGAAGGAGCAGUUUCCACCCUGCAACUCUGAGUGGAGCUCUGCCAAGGGCAGCCGAUUCUGGUGCUCCAGACAGAGUGGGGGAGUGAACAGAGACUGGACUGGCGUGCCCCGGAAGCUGUACCGGCCUGGCUCGAGGGGAAGCCACUGCGUGUGUGUGAGAACCAGGGGCCCCCCAUGGGGCCAGCAAGGCUCAGCCCAGCACAGUGACAGAGGUGACCUGGAUAACCCCCACCUGCAGGAAUACGAUGGCUGCCACCCGCAGGCUGAGCAGUGCGUCCUCAGCACAUGACCCCAUGAUCUGAGGGAGCGAGGAGGGCUCCAGUGAAACGCUGUGCUGAGGUGGGCACUUCCAGCUCCGUUCCCUCCCAUCCCUCUGUGCAAAGGGAGCCAUGGCAAUUUCACGUUCUGUGACUUUUAACACAUGGAGAUAGAGGUGGGAAAAGAAGAAACACUUGAGCCAAGCGAGAGCUACUGGCUAAAAAAGUGGCACUUCUUCUUAGUGCUUUUUUCCUACAGUGUUUUUACAGCUGGUGACAAACUGUAAGAAGCACAGCCUGAGCUAUACUCAAAAAUGUAUUUCUUGUACAGUCAGGAAAUAGAUGCUUGUGUGCACAGUGCUGAGCGUAAUGUGUUGUGCUUUAAGGCAGCAAGGAAAGAACUGCUGCAGCAUCACUGACUUCAGUUUAUGCACAGUCCUCCAAUGGCAGCUGAAGUCUGCUAACUGCUACUGCCCCUUCCCAGACACCUGCUUUGCUCUGAAGAACAUAAAGGCAGCAGGGAAAAGCCUGACAUUCCACAGUUGCAGUACAUAGCAUCCAGGAACUUGUCCAGCUCAUACACAAACUCUGCUUAUCAGAUCCAUGGAAUACAGAAGGCAAAGGUCAGAGCUGCAUUUCCUCAUUUAAUGUUUGUAUUAGAUAGCGAGCAAAGAAGAUAGCGGACACCACCUAUGAGGAUUGCUACUUUAAGUUGACCUUGCCAUCCUCGUUUUGUGAUUCACUACUUUAAAGCUGCCCAGCCCUGCAGUUUGAACUAGGCAAUAAUAAAAUCUACAUACAGCAUGACCAUCCUGAUGUAAUUUGCCUGUUUCCACUCUGGUUUAUAAUCUCCAAUUUGUUAUGUGUCCAUCAGACUAUAACCUUGAUAUACCCUCACAAAGCCCAGCUCACUUAAAGGAUGCACGUUUUCUAUCACAGCUGUCAAAAUGCAUCAAGUUCUGUUACUCCCAGAAGAACAAGGCAAAUCUCAGCCUUUUUGUGUAGGGCUGAAAAGGACAAGGGGGCUAGGGGCUGUGAAUGCAGGCUGUGGGGAGGCAGCUGCAGUUGUUCCUAGAGACUACUGUGAGAAUGGGUUAUUGGAGCAGCUGCAGCCUCAGGGCAGGCACCUGGAUUAACUACAGCCCAGCCACGAACAUAGCUCAGUGCAGAGCUGUGCCAGUUCUAAAGGCAACUGCCACCUAUUUAUAAAAAGCUGGGAAGCAUUUAUAAGCUCCUAAGACUUUCAAGCUACAACCACUCCUAAAGAAAACCCUCACAAAGCUAAUUAGUUAAUAAACUAGUGGGAUUACAGAAGGCUCAGCAACAUUCCUUAAAAGCAAGAAUGAUCACUUAAUUGCAGCGCCAGUAGGAACAUGUUGCAGCACUUUUCACUUACGGUGUUUAAUGAUGCUACAGCUGCUAUGGAUGAGAACCAUGCAGCAAUUCAAAUGUACGUGCUUAUUUUAAUAUUUGCUAUUUUUUGUUUUGCUUUUCACAUGGUUCUAUUAUUUCUUCUUACAGAGGGUAAGUGGGAAAGAGGCCCCUGCAGCACUUUCAGGCAGAGGUACAAGCUGUUACUGCUCAGCACUGGAAGUUUUGUCUAGAUAGAUGGCAGCAGAACCAUCACGCUCUUCAACUCCUCAGUCGUCCUUCCAGAACUGAAGUGCUGCCACGGGCUUGUGCCAGCUUUGGGAUUGGACUGAGCUACUUAAUUUAUGCAACAAUCCUAAAGACACUAAAGCUAUGCAGAUGCUGCAGGAAGGGCUACAAAGCACUGCUUCCUUGUCUCACCUCAAUGGAAGCAUUACAAAAGCAUGUUAUUUGCUUUUGGGCACAUGCCUUAUAGCAAGGACUUGUAUGUAGAGGUCAACAGCACAGACAACCUCAAAUUACCCUCAAAAAUUCAAUCAGAUUAAUAUUGAAUCGAAGGGCGUCUCUAAAAGCAACUUCAAAAGUUACAGAAAUUCCAAAUUAUUAAACACUAGAAUAUGUUAUAAGUGCAAAUCUAUUUGAGAAGCUAGAUUCCUACUGAAGGUACCAGCUACAUAGCUUCUAAGCAAGCUUCAUCAUGCUUUGUCCUUAGGACUGCUCUUCCCAGCAAAAAUAGUGUUGAAAUGCUGAGGGGAUGGACUUGGUCUUAAGAACUAGACAGAAUCAGGUAAGCUGCUGUAAGAAAGCAAGACAGAUUUUAGAAACUGUGGUGGUAUUGCUUGAACUUCAAGUUGGUUGACAGUUACGCUGGAAAACUAAUUCACAGCUUUUUCCUUGGUUUAGUUGGAAAUGGUAGGGGAAAAAGUUUCAGUCUUGCCCCAGGAAUAAGUCAUCUAUUAAAGCAAACAAGGAGACUCCCUUACUGACCUGAAAUGCUCCAAGAAGAUCAUCUUGUUUCUACUGUUCUAAUUCAAAAUCUCAACUAAAUUCUCCUAUGAGGGGGAAAACAAUUAGGAAGGGUCAAGUAAAGAAAGACUGUGCUUAAUAAAGCUCACAACUCA